AUGGCCUCCCGCAUCCCACCCCUCCUAGACACCUACCUCCGCCUGCCGCCUGAAACGUCCCUCGUCCUGCUCAGCGGGGUCCUGGGAUCGACCACCAACUGGCUCCUCCUCCGCUACCUUCACUCUCUCCUCCUCUCCUCCACCCAGCCCGACCCUGCAGCUGCAGAUGCGGAGGCAGCAGGGGCUAGCACCACUGUAGUUCUCGUCAGCUUCCUGCGGGACUACGCCUUCUGGAAAGACGGCGCCGGCAAACUCGGCACCGACCUCGACGGCCUUUCCAAAAAGGCCCGCUUCGUCUUCGUCGAUGGGCUGACUGCCUUGUUCCGCACCUCAGUCGGCGCCUCCCCCCAGCAUAGCAAUGGCAAUGGCAACGGCCAUGGCCCGGGCCUGAAAAGCAGCAGGGCCUUGUCGGCCCCUACGCUGCAGCAGCUGCACAAGGAGUUGCAGGAUGCCGUUGCGCAGAUCCGGCGCGUGACUUCUGAGGAGCAGAAGAUCGUGCUGGUUGCCGACCAGUUAGAUCUCUUGUUGGCUGCGUCCGGAGGUGAUAUUUCGAGUCAGCAACUACGGGAGACGCUGCUUGAUAUCCGUGAAAACGUGCAUUCAGCCAUCGUCACCGUGUCCGCAGACAGUCCCUUAAUAACGUCGCAAACCACGUCCCUAGAAAAAGAGCACGCGGCCUUCGCCAUUUCUUUAGCUCACGACGCGCACCUCACGAUCGGUCUUAGGAUGCUGGAUACGGGCACGGCAAGGGAUGUAAGCGGCGUGCUGAGGAUCGCCCAAGGUGGCGCGGAGAGCAGCACUACUGCUGCUGAUGUGGUCGAGGAACGGGAACUGCUGUAUUACGUAGCUGGCGAUGGUGGAGUGCGGGUGUUCGAACGAGGCUAA